AUGGCGGGCUUCGUGAGGGAGCUGGAGCGGCGGGCCGGGCCGGCGCUGCGGCUGGAGCAGCGGGCGGCCGGCGGCGUGGGCUGUGUGGUGUGGGACGCCGCGCUGGUGCUCGCCAAGUUCCUGGAGACCGGCGCCUGCCCCCUCGCCCGUCGCCACGUCCUGGAGCUGGGCGCGGGCACCGGCGCCGUCGGCAUCAUGGCAGCCACGCUGGGGGCGAACGUGACGGUCACAGACCUGGAGGAGCUGCAGGAGCUGUUGAUGGUUAAUAUUGAGAAUAACAAGCACCUGGUCACAGGGUCCGUCCGAGCCAAGGUACUGAAAUGGGGUGAAGAUGUAACAGAAUUUCAGCCUCCCCCUGAUUAUAUACUCAUGGCUGAUUGCAUUUACUAUGAGGAGUCCUUGGAGCCCUUGCUGAAGACCCUGAAGGACCUGACAGGCCCUGACACUUGUGUCCUGUGCUGCUAUGAACAGAGGACUAUGGGGAAGAACCCUGAAAUUGAGAGAAAAUACUUUGAACUGCUCCAGAGGGACUUUGAGCUGGAGAAGAUUCCCCUGGAGAGGCACGACGAGGAGUAUCGGAGCGAGGACAUCCACAUCGUGAGCAUCCACAGGAAGCAGGUGAAUUUCCCAUCGUGAGAUCUUUGAGCACAGGAUGGGUUCCCUGGCAGAGCUCUGGAGCAGCGGGGAUGGGAUAACACCACAGAGGGACUGUCUGCGCUGUGCUUGUGACUCCUCUGCACGGAGCAGCUUCUGGCUGGCCCACUCGGCAGCCGAGGUGGCUGACAGCGCCUUCCGGCCGGACAGCUGCGGGCUGCCCGUGUCUGCGGCCCGGGGAGGCGGGGAAUGGAGCCGGGCCAGCGGC